UAUUUAUGUUUAUUUCUGUACGUGAACCCCCAUAGAAUGUAGAAACCAAAGGCACAAGAAGUGUGUGCUUGAAUUUAUCCUCCUAUUCUGGAUCUUAGUCUCAUUUUAAUGGAGUAGUUUGGAGGGGGCUGGGAUUUCAUUUUAAUGUUAUGAUUUUUACUGUUCUCAUAGAUACAACCUGGAGAAUAAUGACCUUAGGUAAUGCCUCUUCCGUGAAGGAGUUCAUCCUGCUGGGCUUGACACAGCAGCCAGAGCUCCAGCUGCCUCUCUUCUUCCUCUUCUUGGGAAUCUAUGUGGUCUCCAUGGUGGGGAACCUGGGCUUGAUGGUUCUGAUUGUUUUGAACCCUCACCUGCACACCCCCAUGUACUACUUUCUCUUCAACCUUGCCUUCACAGACCUCUGCUAUUCCUCUGUCAUAACUCCCAAAAUGCUGGUGAGUUUUGUGAAGCAGAAUAUCAUCUCCCAUGCUGAGUGCAUGGCUCAGCUCUUUUUCUUUGCCUUCUUUGUGAUUGAUGAAUGCUACAUUUUGACAGCCAUGGCCUAUGACAGAUAUGCUGCUAUCUGCAAGCCCCUGCUUUACCAGGUUACCAUGUCUUAUAAGGUUUGCCACUUGAUGAUGAUGGGUGUGUAUGUGAUGGGGUUUGUGGGUGCAAUGGCCCACAUAAUUUGCAUGCUGAAACUGACCUUUUGUGCUAGCAACAUCAUAAAUCAUUACAUGUGUGACAUACCCCCACUGCUGAAGCUCUCCUGCACAAGCACCACCAUCAAUGAGCUGGUGGUUUUCAUUGUUGUAGGUGUCAAUGUGAUAGUGCCCACCCUGACUAUCUUCAUUUCUUAUACCUUGAUCAUUUCCAACAUCCUUGGCAUCCAUUCUGCAGAGUGUAGGUCAAAAGCCUUCAGUACCUGUGGCUCCCAUGUAAUAGCUGUUUCUCUUUUCUUUGGUGCAGCAGCAUUCAUGUAUCUUAAGCCUUCUAGUGCAUCUGUGGAUGAAGAUAAAGUAUCUACCAUUUUUUAUACCAUUGUGGGCCCAAUGCUGAAUCCUUUCAUCUACAGUAUAAGGAAUAAGGAUGUCCACAUUGCCCUGAGAAAAACUUUGAGUAAACGUGUGUUUGCCUAAGUAGAACCUGUAUUUGUUAUGGAAGUAAAUCUUAGGACAUGUGACAUUUAUAACUUGGGGAAGGACUGCCUAGAGUCCACUGACUGGCAGAGCACUUGCUUACAUUCAUGAGGCUCUAGAUUUAACCCCUAGUGCUGUACAACAACCAUGAAAACAACUAAAAUAACAUAGAUAUCCCAAAAUCAAUGAUGAGAAAAGUGUAGAACCAAAGUUAGUUAACAUUAUGCAAAUUAAGCUAAUUAUUAAGGAAAUUUCAGAAGUAAUGACAGUGAAGGAUGAUUAAUCCAUCAUACUUUUAGGAUAGAGAGAACUGUUUAUUCUGUAAUUUCCCCAGCUCACAAAUGUCUUUUUCAGUAUUGAAAACUGAACAAACACAUUUGUUCUGUCAUCUACCAGUAUGUUACACUCUAGCUUAGAAAUAACAAAGAAUUAAGAACAAAACACUAGAUGAUAUUAUGAUCAGAAACAGAUAGGUCAAGAAAUUUUUUAAAUGUUCACAUCUUUUUUUUUUUUAACUUUGUAGUGUGUGUUUAUAUAGUAGGCCUUCUUACAUGCUAGACAAGUGUUCUUUCACUGGGCUACAUCUUAAGUACCACUAUGACUAGGGUACAUCUAGACGUUUUGUGUGGCUGUGCUCCUGGAAUACUAAUUUAGUAGUCUUAGAGACAGUGACUCACUAAUUCAGUUAGUAAACCUCUGGGAAGAUUUGUAGGAGAUUUCGUUGGAAAGGUUCCUUUGUUUUUCUAGAGGUUCCUGUAUGGAAAAAAAUUCCCUUUUCACUCUGUUCUCUCUGCAGUCUUAAAUCAGUUUAGUAAAGAGGAGGUGAUGAGUCUAUUGUGAUUCCAGGGCUUGAAGACUAAAAAUGAAAUAGCAAUUUUGGUCAUUCAGGAUAAAGGGAACAUGUAUUAGAUUUUCCAUUCAUGGACUUGAGGACUGGCAUGUGAAUACAAGGACUCACUCUGUUUUCACCGGGAAGAAUUUGACUAAAUAAGUUUACUAUGCAAUGGCUACCACUAUGAUUUAAUUUUCAGUUUCUAUACUUAAGAGAUCUGUGAAAUAAAUUUGCUUCUAACCUGAAAGCUCCACUGGCCAAAGACAGAUGGAAUGUUUAGAGCCAUUCCAACGAAUCUGUUGUUUAUCAUAUUGGUCACAAUGUUAAUGGCUGCUUCUGCCUCUGUAAACAAAGCUGUUUUUUCAAGAUGACUUGGAAACCUGUAAGACAUAUGUUUGCAAAAAGCUUGUGAUCGCACUUAGACAAAGAUAUGUGUUUGUGCUUAACUGGAAUGCAACCUUCUGUUUGCAGUUUGUAUGCCUACAAAUAUAUGGAAUGUAACCUCAUGCUUUGUUUUUGCCCUUAUUUCUUACAUCAUGGGAAUCCCCAGUCCCAUGUAUAGGUCUGGUCAACCAGUUUCUGCAUAAAAGUCUUUCCUUUGUUAGAAAUAAUUUA